UAUUACCAUGUAACAGGAGAUAGCCCUAUAGAGUGCUGUGUUGUUGUGGAGGAUAACCGUGAGGAGGCGGAUGCUUGUGAAAGCCACCUAUGCUAGCUAGCGUUCCUUCUCUGUGAUGCUGCACGCGGCCGAGUCCUAAACGCUCCUGUUCUCCCUGCGCAGGUCCACUACAUUACGGUAAAGGCUUCUGUGGGCUGAGUAGUGCACUAGAUGUGGAAUUGGACGAGGUUUGGGAGGCGGCCAUGGCGCGUCACGUUGUCUCAGCUCACUCCUAGCUUUGUAAUUUUGAUCUUUUGAUUUGUUUCUCUUUUUAAAAAAAAAAAAAAAAAAAAAGGCAGUGUGGAAGCUUAGCCUCGAAUUUUAGACCCGGUAAAUCACGUGGACUUCAAUCAGGAAUGAAUGAAGCUGUCCCAUCUGAAGCUGCAAUGCAGAAACAAACAUCAUGGUUUUACUCCGUCAACGCUUCACAUUACUGCUGAUUCCUUCAGGACGUUUCUGCCAACUUUAAGAUAGACAGAGAAGCAGAGCAGUAUUGCAAGGACCAUGCUCAGCAUCCUAGCAGCCGGCUCCAUAUUCUUCCCAGGCCUUUUCCUACUGUCUAAGCGAUGUCUGAAACAAGCGCCAGGGUUGAAAUGGAGCGAGGCAGACGCCGUCAUCGUCUCCGCAAGGCUAGUGUCCUCCAUUCAAGCAGUCCUGGCUUCCUCAGCUGGGUUCAUCAUUGCAUCAUCUUGUGAAGACAUCAUUGAGGACAAGCACUGGCUCACUAGCACCUACAUCCUGUUUGCGGUCCCUUACUUUAUCUAUGACAUCUACGCCAUGUUCCUGUGCUACUGGUACAAGAUGCAAGUCAAAGGUCAUGAGGAGGAUGCGCCAAAAACGAGCACGGCCAUUCGCAGCUACCUGUGGCGAGAGUUUCUCAUGGUGCUUCAUCAUGUUGUCAUGGUUACUGUCUGCUUCCCUGUGUCUGUGUUCUGGCGACAAGGAAAGGGGGAUUAUUUCCAAGGUGUCAUGUUCCUAGCUGAACUCAGCACUCCGUCUGUCUGUCUGGGAAAAAUACUCAUUCAGUACAAGCAGCAGCACACUCUCCUUCAUAAAGUUAAUGGAGCACUCAUGCUGGUCACUUUUUUCGUCUGUCGAGUUCUUCUCUUCCCCUACCUCUACUACGCCUAUGGCAGGUACGCGGAUAUCCCCCUUUACAUGGUGCCGCUGUCCAUUCCGUGGCAGUAUAACAUGGGUGCUGCUCUGCUCAUGGCUCCGCAGGUGUAUUGGUUCUGUCUGAUCUGCAGGGGAGCCUUUCGCCUCUUCACCCGGGCCUCUCGCCAUCAUCGUCCCUCAGUCAGUAGGGACUCUGAGCCCAAAACCCCCAUCAUGCCCCCAGCUAAUGGCUACAGCCCCCGUGACACAGAAAGAGAGCCUAACACGCACUGAGAGACACAGAGAGGCUGGAAGCGAAAGAUGGUGCAGAGGCUGUUUUUAGGCCUCAGAUAUAAUGGGAAACUUGAGGUUAAAUACUAAUAUAUUACAAAUAAUAAAUGUCCUGCUGCUCCAUUAGGUGGGGAAGAUAGAAGACAAGGGCAGAGGAAUCAGAGGGAGAAAGAGACGGAGGGUCUGAAGAUGAUCAUCUCCAUUUUUUGUUUCCCUCUGAGGAAUUGCAAGAGCAUGCUAAUAAAGCCUGUUUCAUACUCCUGAUGUAAAACCUCCUGAUGCGGACAUACUUUCGGAUUGUAUUCUUCAUCCCAGUUAUAUUCCAUGACUGAAUUUCAUACCGUUGGGGAAGGGGUAUGUAAUAUAAUGUACAAAAGCACUUAUCAUUUGUACAUGACCAUUAUCAUACUAGUUGCAGAAACAACAGGUGAAAGCUGUGGGCAUGUUAGUAUUCCAAACUACUGAACCGCCGUUACCAGAAAUGUGAUGAAUGAAUGAUGGACAGAGGAUACCAUCUCUUUAGUUUCUUCUUCCUAGCCCACUCUGUCUGUCUCUUCAGUUUAAUAUUUCAUAGAAAGAAAAGGGAACGUCUUUUCUGUCAGGGUGUACAUAGCAAAUGUCUAGUGUCAGUUUGUUUAGUUUUAAUUAUUUAUUUUUAAUGAAUUAUUAUUUAUGUCAAAUCUUUUAAUUUGAAUUGUUACCCUAAUUUAUUUGUUUUUAUUAUUUAUUAUGGCUGGAUUACAUAUAAACUAAUAGCUGCCUCUAAUUUGACUGAAAAAGAAAAAGAAAGGAAAAAAGUGCUGAGAGAUGGAUUUGCCAUUUCUAUAGUCACUCCACAGUCAGACUUUUUACCCAGAACCCUUCCUCUAAAACACCCAGGGGAACUCCAGUGGUUUUCUAAAAUGUCAGAACUAACAGAAAUGCUUCUGUUACAUUUUUCAGUGAUAACGACCUACAUAUUGAGCUUAAAAUAACCCAGCAGGGCUUUGGUGUUGAAGUUUGGAGGACUGUUAACAUACUGCCCUUAAACUUCUGCUUCAGUCCUUGCUUUGCUUUUCUCACCAUAAUAUUAAUCGGACCAAAAGAGUAAUAUAUGAGAGAUAGGCAGUAUGUACUGUUACAUUAUUUCCGGUGCUUCAAGAACAGAAGUUAACUUGUGAUGGGUGCUGGGCAGGUCUCUGCAUCACUGAGCUGCUAGCAGGAAAUACACUGCAUUGCAAGGAAGGAGAGGACUUUGCACAUUUACUGGAUCAAAGUUCCUUAAAGGAAUACUCCUGCAUUUUUCAACCUAGUCACCGUUCACAGUAUCUCUGUAGCAUAUGUGCAGUUUCCAUGGACAAGACGUUUCCCUGCACUAAGAAAAGAAUGGAAAAUAUGUUGAAUCAGCUAACUUACAGUCAAAGUCUAAGGGCAGCUGAUAACAUAAAAUUCAACAAAAAAAAGAUUAAAAUAGGUGACACAAUUCAAAGCUGCAACCAUUACACUCUUAUAAUAAAGGAUGAGACAGACAUGAGAGAAAGACUUACCGAGACUGUUCUUUUGAAGCUGUAUACAGCAAUCAGUUGCUGGAGCACUUAAUUUUCAACUGAAAAAUGUAGGAAAGCGUAUAUAUUUAUUGAAAUAAUUUGGCAACUAUAGAAAUUAUUGUCUGUGGUAAACACACAUGCUACAGAUGUGAUGGAUAGACAUUAACUUGGAAAAACACAGAAGUAUUCCUUUAAGUCUUAACAACUGCUAAGUUUUAUUAUUUAUUAUAUCAUUUUACUUAUUUAUUCCCUGUGCUGAAUGCCAUCUAUGUAGCUAAAAUGGGUUUGUUUUAAUGCAUGGACAGGUGAUAAAUUAAAGUAAAAAUCAACACAAAAUUUCUUAAUAAGAUGUUGGGCCACCAGAACAGCUUCAGUGCACCUUGGUACUGAUUCUACAAGUCUCUGGAACUGUACUGGAGGGACGAACACCACUCUUCCAAAAUUCCCUCAAUUAGUUUUUUGAUGAUGGUGGUGGAGAGCAUGAACACGCUGGUCCAAAAUCUCCUUUAGGUGUUUAAUUGGCCUAAGAGCUGCUGACUGUGAAGGUCAGCAUGUGAUUUAUAUCAUUUUCAUCUAUCUCAAACAAGUGAGUCCUCAUGCCCUCUGGUUUGGGGUAGGGUCAUCCUGAAAGAGACCAUUCCUAUCAGGAUAGAAAUGUUUCACCAUAGGAUAAAAUUGAUCAGUGUGAAAAAGUUUGCAUUGAUUUCCAUUAAAGCUUCCCUCUAAGGGGGCAAGUGGACUCGAACCCUGCAUAACACAGCCAUUGGCUUUUCCUUUAAUUUGUCACCUGUAUGUACUACGAUUGGGUAGUUCUGUCCACUGGAACAUGAACAGCAUUGCUGUGAUUGAAAGGGAAUCAAAACCCUACAUAGAUCCCUUUAAUAGAACAGGUUUACUAUUAUAGAGCUUUCUAGAGCUUCCAGACUGAGCUCUGUUAUGCUGAGUACUGUCUGUUUGCAAAAUGACAAGGGACCCUCUACAGGGGGAAAGAUAGGGACUGUCAUGUGAAUGGGAGAUGGUAAUGUAAAAUAAGUUGCAUUUAUUAAUUUUUGGUUUAUUUAUUUUAGUAAUUUAUGUUAUUUAUUUGGAGAAGACUGAAUGUACAUAUGAAUACAUCUAAAUGUUCUGUUGAGUGGACAUCUGUGGCUGCCUGGCUGAAGGCUCUCUUGUACUCAUCCUCUCAGCUACAAUAUACUCUACUGUCUACUUCUGUACUCUAGCACUGUGUGUGAGACCUCUUUUUAUUGGCACUCAGUCUCUGUAUGCGUAUAUGAUACAGUGUGCACCGGUAUGAAAAACAGCAUGCCAAUCUUGAUAUAUACAACAGCAUUAUUAGAGCAUGCUCUUAAUACUGAGUAACACAAAUAAUUUUCUUCUGGAAAAUCUACAAGUGGGGAAGCUCAUGGGCCACUGUUUUGGGCAAUUACAUCAUAAAUGAAUUAAAGGAAAAGAAAAUU